ACUCCAAGUCACAUGAAUUCGAAUUAGUGGAGUGCAUGGUUUGUCCGAUUAUGUUUCGGUUUUAAACGAUAGCGGUUGCUUGAGAUACUGUCUGCAGAUAGCUCGAUCGUAUACACCCCUCAGGAAGAUUUCAACAUUUAGCUGUGGAUUAAAAACACGCUUGAACCUCUUAUCUGCGGUACACAAUAUGUCAGUCGGUGACGAUUUCUGUGAAUUGGAUGGCGUGCCGGCUGCAGAUCUUUUUAAACCUGGACUUGGGUUGACUUAUAAUGAUGUAAUUAUUCUCCCAGGAUACGUUGGGUUUAGUACUGAAGAGAUUGACAUAUCUAGUCGAAUAACUAAACGAUUUUCUCUGAAAAUUCCGUUUGCUUCGUCACCCAUGGACACAGUUACUGAGGCGAAAAUGGCAAUUGCUAUGGGGCUUUGUGGUUCAAUCGGGUUCAUCCACCACAACUGUCCCACAGAGUAUCAAGCCAACGAGGUUAAGAAGGUCAAAAAAUACAAACAGGGUUUCAUUUUAUCUCCGAUUGUCGUUUCACCAAAACAACCAAUUUCUGACAUUGUUGAUAUAAAAAAGCAGCAUGGAUUUAGUGGAAUCCCUGUAACGGAAGAUGGUAAUAUGGGCAGCCGCCUAGUUGGCUUAGUCACUUUGCGGGAUAUGGAUUUCUUAGAUCCCAAGGAUUUUACGACACCUGUUGAAAAGGUAAUGACCCCAUUCGAUGAUCUUGUUACGGCAUUUUCUGGCAUCACACUGACUGAAGCUAAUGAUAUCAUUCGAAGAAGCAAAAAAGGUAAACUACCGAUCAUCAAUGAAAAUCGUGAAUUAGUGGCAUUGAUUGCACGAACUGACUUGAAGAAAAAUAGUGAUUAUCCUCUGGCCUCCAAAGAUUCAGAAAAUCAGCUAAUUGUAGGUGCAGCAGUUUCUACACAAGAGGGAGCUAUGACUCGUGUUGAAGCACUAAUUAACGCUGGAGUCGAUAUUAUUGUUGUGGAUUCCUCUCAAGGGAAUAGCAUCUAUCAGUUGGAUAUGAUCAAGCGUAUUAAAUCAUCAUUUCCAGAUUUACAAGUAAUCGGAGGGAACAUCGUAACCUGUGCUCAGGCCAAAAACCUAAUCGAUGCUGGUGCGGAUGGUUUACGUGUUGGAAUGGGCAGUGGAUCGAUUUGUAUCACUCAGGAAGUGACUGCUAUUGGGAGAUCGCAAGCUAAAGCCGUUUAUAAAGUAUCUGAAUAUGCUCGUAUGUACGAUAUACCUGUGAUCGCAGAUGGAGGGAUUCAAAAUGCUGGUCAUAUUGUUAAAGCUCUUAGUUUUGGCGCUUCUGCAGUUAUGAUGGGUGGACUUCUAGCUGGUACAACUGAGUCACCUGGAGAAUAUGUUUUUUCAGAUGGUAUAAGACUGAAAAAAUAUAGAGGUAUGGGAAGUUUGGAAGCAAUGUCUCAACAUACAGAAAGCCAAGCUAGAUAUUUUAGUGAGUCAGAUCGUAUUAAAGUUGCUCAAGGUGUCUCGGGUACAAUCAUAGAUAGAGGUUCUGUACAUCAGUUGGUACCCUAUUUAGUUGCGGGUGUUAAACAUGGAUUACAACAAAUUGGUAUCAGGAAUAUAACGGAACUACAUAAUAUGUCACGGAGUGGAAGAUUGCGGUUCGAAUAUCGAAGUCCGUCUGCUCAGCUGGAAGGUGGAGUACACAGUCUGUAUUCGUAUGAUAAACGUCUAUACUAAUUGUCAAAUAUUUCUACACAUUUUGAGAUUUACACCAAGUUGGCCUGUCCAUUCAAACAAAUCAUGCAAACCUUUUUUUGAUUUUUCGUCCAGUUUUAUCAACUCUGUGUUGUAUUUAAAAAAAAAAAAUAUUUGUAAUUGUUUAUUAUUGCUUAGAUUAGAGUAUAACUAUGUUUGUGUGUAAAUUCGGAUGUUUAAUAAUCCUACUCAGUUUCAUUCACUCCUUUUUGUUGAAGUAUUUUUUAUAGUUUUUCGCUAAGUUUUGUUUAAACUUUGAGAUGAAAUAAAGGCUGAGAGUUUUGG